UAUCUCAUUAAGUGUCAGGUCAGAUUCAAGAGACACUGAUUCCUCAAAAGACAAUUUGGGAAUGUCUAGGUCCUCAACAAAGGCAAAAAAGUUCUCUCUGAAAUUCGUGGAAGGAAGGCCAGAUGAUUUUGUUUCUAGUAAAUCGCUAUAAAAUAAUUCUAUUUCUUGGUUGAUUUGUUUCAUGUCCAAAAUAAUCUCACCAUUUUCAAGUUUUAACUGUGCAAUAACCCUUUUCUCAAAGUUUCGCUUUUCUAAAUUGAAAAAUAAUUGGUAGGUUUCUCACCUUUUUCAAUUCAGCGGGCUUUUGAACGGAACAUGGCUUCUUUGCCUUUUUUCUCGUAAAUAUCUUUGAGUUCUGUCUUGAUGGAUUUGUAUUCAUCUAACAGUGGUUGGUUGAAGUGGUUGUUUCUGUGACAUAUUUCAUUAUCAAGGGCAUCGAGUUUUUCCUGAAGAUAAGUUUCCCUGUUUUUAAAUUCCUUGCAUUUUGCUUUCAUCUUGUUUCAUUUUGCUUCCAUCACCUGGAUUAUAUUGAUGCCCUGGUUCUACUAUUGAGCACUCUAUCAGCAGACGUGCAAAUCAAAUGGUAUAUGACAGUUUUAAUAUUAGUUAAUCAAAUGCCAAAACCCUGUGUGGGAGGGGGUAUGGAUAUGUUCUGGAAGAACAUAUUUCACUGUAAUUUGCAUUUCAGACUAGUAUGGUCUUUGAAUAUUAAAUAUGAAACAAAUUGGGAAAAUUGAAAAGCACACUGGUUUGAAAACUUGAAAAUGAUAUUGAAGUUUAAUACCACAAUGUAUACUCAUUGACUUAAUUAAUGUAUGUAUCUCUGUUAUUUUUUCAGUUUCUACAGUAUUUCAUACCUAAAAAUGCUUUUGCCAAAGGGAUUGCUAGGGCCAGUAAAGGAUUUGAAUUCGCUAUUGAAGUGCUGCAGGAAUCCAGAAAAAGACCUGAUCCCUCAUCUUCAAAUUGCACACAGGCAGUCAUUCUUUUUACAGAUGGAAUAGAGGAAAGUGAAAGCAAAAAAAGCAAAGAAAUUUUAAAGGAAAAAAAUCCGGAUAAAAAGAUUCGUGUUUUUACUUAUCUUGUGGGAAGUGAAAAAGGUGCCACAGAUGGGCCAUUAAAGGAAAUCUGCAAUGAGUACAGAGGUUGCUUAUUUAAGAUUCAAACUCUCUCAGAUGUCAGGGAGAAGGUUCUGUCAUAUGUGUCAGUGCUCAGUCGGCCAUUAGGCUUUGUUCCAGGUGGGCCUGAUCCAUCCUGGACGCCUAUUUACCUUGAUAGACUGGGUCUUGGUUUAAUGAUCACACUUGUGGCUCCAGUCUUUAAUAUAUCUGAGAACAAAGGAGAUCUGCUGGGUGUUGUAGGAACUGAUGUGGCCCUACCACAGCUUGAACGCUCAAUCCCGGGCGGUGAGGUUGGGGUCAAUGGCUAUGGCUUUGCAAUCAACAACAAUGGUUUUGUAUUGUUCCAUCCAGGCCUUGAUAAGGAGUGGGUAAGGAAAUAUUGCGAGCCACCAAAAGGAGCAAAAUUGGCUGAUAAAAAAGUUGUAAGUGUGCCCCGCAGGAUUCACUCCUGGCAAGUAGCUGUAGUUGUGCGUGAACCUUUCUCCUCCCUCCCCUUGCAAGAAUGAUCAAAAUUUAAUUCUCCUUACAGCAUUGUCAAGGGGACAGGUGUUGAUAUUGUUAUCCUGGGGGUGGGGAGUCCCAUAUAAAAAGGACAGGGGCGCUUGUUGGAAAUUUUGAAAAUAACCCCUAAGAGGUACCAAGAUCCUCCUUUGUGGGCGUGGCUUGAAAUUUUGUUCACUCUUUAGAGGUACUAACUCUUAAACAACAUUAUCUCUUGUCAUGUGUGUGUGUGUUUUUUUUCGGCUCAAUACCCUAAAAGGUACCGCAAAAGCUUCCACUAUCUCUCACCAUGGACCUUUUUAGGCUGAUCACCCUAAGAGUUACCAAAACUACUUUUUAUAUCCUGAAACAUACAACAAGCACCCCUGUUCUUUUUAUAUGGGAGUCGCCCCUGUGGAAUGUUAUAUUAAAUGAUCAACUCAAAGAUGAUGUCUUCAUUCUUAUGUUCCUGUGCUCGGUAGUUCCUUUUCAUUUAUUUUUCCUUGGCAAUGAUUAAUGUGAUCACUUCCAGUAAGAUGUCUUGAUUAAAUACUCAUUUCUCCCAGGAAGAACUAUUGGAAAUUUAUGGAAAGAGUUCAGAGAAUUUGGAUCUUGAUCAUAAGACUGAAAGGUUGUAAUGAGCUUGUUGACUGAGUGGGUCAGGGCUAGAUCACCUAGAUAGAUAAAUUAUUUGAUUUUAGGUCACAGUGGAUAUUUGUUAGUAUCAAAAAACAAUGCCCUGAUCUUGAAAAGCACUUGAACAUUCGUCCUAUGAAGCCUGCAUGGUGUCUGAGAUGAUGCGUACACGGCUGUGUACACAAGAUUAACUUCAACCUUAAAUAAUAAUUAUUAUUAACAGUUACAGUGGCGGAUCUAGGGGAGGGGCCCGGGGGGC